AUGUCCGAACAGACCUUCCGUACCACUCGCCAGGACCUGCGCAAGGACGAGUCUCGCAUCGCUCAACAGCAUGGCGGCAAAACCCCUUCCGAUUCCAAUGUCUCCCAGAUGAAGUCCAUGAUCGACCAGAACACCGACAAGCCGAAGCAAAUUGACGAGGCCAAGGCCAACCUCCCCCUCCCUGACCAACCUCCCGUCGCCAGUGACUGGAACUCCUCCGAUCAGCGAACUGUCAAUGUCGGCUCUGGUGGUAUUGAGGGGCCCAUCUCUGGUGACAAUGAUACCGCCCUCCGUGGCCCCGCCACUGGUGGCAGCAGUGCCCGCAUCGAUGGCGCCGAGAUGCACAAGACCACCGUACCUGGUGGCAAUGUUGGUCGCCAGCGUGUUGAGGGCUUGGAUAACUUGCCCUCGGAUGCUACCACUCGUUAA